GGUGUCAAAAAAUUGCUAGAAUCGCUCGCUGAGUGAAAAACAUUGCGGAUGGAGUAGGAAAAAUGUGCUAAUUAUCAAGAAUGGCUGUGUCUCUGUGCGGUAAACGCGCCCUGCUGACGCGGGUUAACUUCAAUGUGUGCCCCAAGAGAUUUGGAUACAUUGUUCUAGUCCCAGAGAUCGGCGAGGAUCUGCCGGAGAAGAACCCGCUGCAGCGCGAGGAUGGGCUGCCGGAGUUUGGUACGGUGACAGUGGAGAAAUGCGUGUCGGUGAUUGGAAAGCAGGCGGUGGACAUGGAGAAGCAGGUGAAGGAUUUGGAUGCUCAGGUGACCGGCAAGGCGGUGAAGGAUGUCUUCACGGAGGUGUUGGACCCGUUGGAGCACAUCGGGUCUGCACUGGAGACAACUUGGGGUGUGGCGAAGACACUCUACUUGGGCAACAGUGUUUUGAUGCCUACAAAGAGUUACAUAACGAUUCACGACAGAGCCCGGCGCGCCCGGAUGGCGAAAUUCUCCAGUAACAACAUCUACAAAGCCAUCAAGGAGGCCCACUUGAAGGGCAGCGAGAACUUGAGCGAGGAGCAGAAGAGGAUUAUCCAGAAGUACGCACUGGAGGGGAAGCUAAACGGCCUAGAAUUGGAUAGUCACCAGAAAGCAGUUCUGGACAAUGCUCUGAUCAAGCUGGGCGAAGAAAGGACAAAGUUCAGGCAGAAAGUCGAAUUGUCUACGAAGCAGUUCAAUCAUGUGGUCGAAGAUUACGGAGUUGUGAGGGAUUUCCCACCGGAAGUGCUGCAGCUAUUCGCCAAAGAUCCCACGCAUCCCACAAAGGGACCUUGGCUUGUCACGCUGCAGCCUCAAGUGGCGGCUAACUUCUUGGAAUACUGUCCAGACCGCACAAUGCGCUGGAAUGUAUGGCAAGCACAGACCAGACGCAAUUCCAAUUUCGGUGAGAAAUCCCUGGCCACCAGUACGACAAUAGAGGAGAUUCGCUUCCUGCGGCGCGAUCAGGCGAAGAUGCUGGGUUACAAUUCCUUCAUGGACAUGUCCAUGGAGACGAAGAUGGCGGGGAGCAGGGAGAAUGUAACGAGAAUGCUGGAAGCGCUGCGUGAAAAGGCCAAACCAGCCCAGGAUGCUGAGAUUAAGAGUCUUCGAGGAUUUGCUGAGAAAUUCGGCUUCAAGGGACAAUUAGAAGCUCAUGACAUCCCGUACUUCAGGCGAAAGCAGCUCAAAGCUCUACAUCACUACGAUGAGGAGAUCAUCAGAGAGUACUUUCCUCUGCCGAAAGUGUUGACAGGAAUGCUGGAGUUGUGCGAGAGACUCUUCCAGAUUCGUAUUGUAGAGCGUCAAGGCGUGGAUACUUGGCAUGAGGAUGUGCGAUACUUUGACGUGUUGGAUGAGGAUAAGCCCGUGGCAGGAUUCUAUCUAGACUUGUAUACGCGUGAGGAUGUUAAGAUGCACACUAAGGACAACUUUGGCUGGACAGUUGGGAUUAGAAAUCGUAGUUCAGUGACAAAUACAAAGCCACUGUCGGCGUUGAUCUUCAACUUUCCGUCGCCCAUCUACGGAAAACCAUCACUUCUUGGAUUUGAGGAUGUGGAGAUGCUUUUCCAGAGAUUUGGAUAUGCACUGCAGCAACUUCUGACCAAAGUGAACUACUCAGAAGUGGCGGGAGCGACAAACAUUGAGUGGGAUGCUGUGGAAGUAGUCAGUCACGUCAUGUCGCACUUCUUAUACAAUUCGACGACACUGCGAGAGAUCUCCUCACACUAUGCCACUGAGGAUCCACUGUCGGAUGCCAUGAUGGGCAGCAUUCAAGCUUCCCGGACACAUUUUGCGGGCUACGAUCUCUGUCAGCAACUCUAUUACUCCGCAUUCGACAUGGAACUGUACUCACGCAAGGACUUCUGGAUAGACAUCAUGCGAGAACUGUGGCCUAAGUACAUGACGCUUCCUCUGGAGAAGAAGGACGCUCAUCCCUGCUCAUUCACGCCGAUCUUCUCUGGAGACUGGGCAGCAGCAUAUUUCAGUCACGUCUGGUCACGUGUAAUCGCCGCAGACGUGUACUCUGCCUUCCAUGAAGCUGGAGGCAAUCCAGAAGUUCUUGCCACAGUGGGGAGACGUUUUAGAGACACAUUUCUGGCCAUGGGCGGUUCUUGUGCUCCUGCUGAAGUGUUCAGGCGCUUCCGUGGCCGCGAUCCCUCACCCAAGGCGUUAAUUUCUGUGCUGGGACUGAAGAAGAAGGGAAAGGGUGGCGAGGAGGGUGGCAAAAAGUAAUUCAUAUAGUUCAUAGCUGUGCAUUUUCCCUGCAUUGUUGGAGAAUUGUAAAAUUUCUCUGAAAAAAUACAUGAUAUCCGUUGAAGAA